GUCAGGUGUUAUUUUGCUUUUAUUCACGUUCCAAAAUUAUAUUUAUAAUGAUAUGUAUCUACCAAGUUUAAUUGGACUUGUUUGACAACUUAUAAGAACUUUCCAUCUCCUGUAAGAAAACUAUGAGACUGAAUGGCUGAAACAAAAAUACUAGUAGUUGCGAUUGAUUUUGGAAGUUCCGGUGCAGGUUAUGCAUUCUCAUUUGCAUACCAAUAUAAAAACAAUCCUUUGGAUAUCUCUACAUCGGUAUGGAAUAACGGAAACGGACCACUUCAGACCAAAGUUCCAACUGUUCUUCUUUUUGAUCCGAAUAAAAAGUUUCACUCAUUUGGAUUUGAAGCAGAGGACAAAUAUGAAGAGCUGCUGAACGCAAAUAAAGCUGAUCAAUGGUAUUUUUUGAAAGGUUUCAAGAUGCAGUUGUAUAGUGCUGUGAAUGCCGGAGAGGAUAUAAGAGUAGAUUUUGAAUUGCUGGAUGUUGGGGGGAAAAGUAUAUCUGCAAAAGCUGUUUUUUCUGCUGCUAUUGGCUUUUUGAAAGACCAUUUCAUUCAGCAGAUGCAUUGGAGAAAGCUUGGCACGGUUGAAGACGACAUAUUUUGGGUAGUGUCGGUACCAGCAAUCUGGAAUGAUUCUGCAAAGCAGUUUAUGAGAGAAUCAGCUGAAAAGGUUGGUAUAAAAGGUGAAAAGUUCAUUAUAGUAUAUGAGCCUGAGGCUGCAUCUAUUUACGCAAGCCUUCUUCCUGUUGAUAAGCUAGUUGGAAAAAAUGGCGCUGUCAUCCUGAAAGCUUUUGAUCCGGGUCGAAAGUUUAUUGUUGUUGAUGCUGGAGGUGGUACCGUAGACAUUUCUGCUCAACAAGUUUUAGAAAACGGUGAGCUCAAAAUAAUUCACAAAGAAUGCGGUGGUCCAUGGGGUGGUGAAUGCAUAAACAAACAAUACGUAAAUAUGCUUAAAGAACUUUUCGGAAAGGAAGUUAUGAAUAAGUUUAAAAGGAACAACGGAGAAGAUUUCUUACAACUACUGAGAGAUUUUGAGGUAAAGAAAAAAAUGUUUCGAGUGGUAGACGAGGAAUCACUAACCAUUCGCAUGCCUUUAAGUCUGAUUGAACUGUUCCUUGAUAUUGAAGAAUCAGACGUUCAAACAGCUAUUGCAAGUUCAAGAUUUAAUGAAACUGUUCGACUUAAACGAGACAAACUAUCUAUUGCAGGUUCUUUGGUUGAAACAUUUUUUUCUGAAACCAUACGAACGAUCAUUGAUGAAGUAGUAUCCCUACUGAAACACGAAAGAUGCUCUGAUGUAAGUGUAAUAAUGAUGGCAGGUGGUUUUUCAGAGGAUGACACAUUACAACAUGCAAUUAAAAAGCAAUUCCCAUCGUUGGAAGUGUUUAUACCAACAGAUGGAGCGCUUGCGGUAUUGAAAGGGGCUGUUAUUUAUGGCCACAAUCCAAACGUUGUAUCAUCAAGAGUAUGCUAUUAUACCUAUGGCAUUGCUAUUUCUAAAGCAUUCGACCCAAGUAUUCAUGAUCCGGAAAAAAAGGUUCUCAGGGACGGGAGAGAAAUGUGCAACAAUCUUUUUGAAGUUCUUUUUGAAAUUGACGAAGAAGUUCAUGGCUAA